AUAAUUGAUAAAAUGCAAUCAUGGGGCGGCGGGACAAGUUACUCCCUUGUGUAACAAACUAAACGUUGAGCAUGGCUACCACGUUAACGGAAGAAAUUCCGUUUGCGCUAUUGCAAGAGCGAUAUGCCGAUGACGAUGACGAUGAUGUGAACGACAUCCAUCAGGCUACCGCUCCGCCGCCGCUUGUCGAACCUGUCGGCGCCCAGAACAUAGUCCCGGACACAGCCUCUGCCAUCGCUGUCGAUAAUGAUGAAGGCGAUGACUUCGGGGAGGAGGAAGAAGACAUGGGAAGCGAGGAGGAGCUGGUUGAUGCUCUGGAAUGGGCGGACAUGCGCGAUGAUCUAUUGAAUCGGGGGAAUUCCGGAUUUAACUUCACGUCAGGUCUCCUCAGAGGACCCAACACUGCCGGCGGGGUCGCCAACCGACAAGCGGCCUUGCAGCCCAGGACGGCCAAUAUGCAGCGCCUCGACAGACACUUUCACGGCGGCCGAAUGGUAGCUGGCGGCGGUGGCAACGCCGCAGGUGCCGUACUGGACGAUCCGCUGGAUGCUCUUGACGGUGUGUCGGCGCGCGUGUCCACCUCCGUCGCCAACGUCAUGCGGGCGACCGCGCUUCGCGAGGGCGCUGCGCGGAUUGCCUCCAAGGACAAAAGUGACCGAGCGACGGUGGAGCAGGCCAUCGAUCCACGAACACGCAUGGUUCUCUUCAAGAUGCUCAAUCGCGGGCUCUUCACGGAGAUCAACGGCUGCGUGUCUACGGGCAAGGAAGCAAACGUGUAUCACGCCAGCGGAGCGGAUGGGGUAGACCUUGCGAUCAAGAUCUACAAGACCUCGAUUCUGGUGUUCAAGGAUAGGGACCGGUACGUUUCCGGCGACUACCGCUUCCGUAACGGUUACUGCCGUUCCAAUCCCCGUAAAAUGGUCAAGAUGUGGGCGGAGAAGGAGAUGCGCAACCUUAUGCGGCUGCGAGCAGCCGGUAUUAACUCGCCACAGCCGCUGCAGCUGCGGCUGCAUGUGUUGGUGAUGGAGUUCAUUGGAGAGGAUGGCGUCGCCGCGCCGCGACUGCGGGACGCUGGGCUGCCGCUGCAGCGGCUCCGUACGGCAUAUACAGAGAUGCUGGUGGUGCUUCGAAACCUGUACCAGAAGUGUCGGUUGGUCCAUGCGGAUCUAUCCGAAUAUAAUAUAUUGUACCAUAAGGGCGAGCUGUACAUUAUUGACGUGAGCCAGGCGGUGGAUCUGGACCACCCCAAGGCGCUGGACUUCCUUCGUGAGGACUGCAAGCACGUGAACGACUACUUCCGUCGAGCUGGUGUCGCCACAUUGACGGUUCGGGAGACGUUUGACUUCGUCGUGGAUCCGGCCAUUGACGACAACAACAUGGAUGCAGCGCUGGAGAGGCUCAGGGAACUGGCGGCGAGCCGGCCCUUCAAUGCGGCUCCCGAGGACGAGGUUGAAGAGGCGGUGUUCCAUCAGGCCUUCAUACCGCGGCGGCUGGAGGAGGUUGUUAACUUUGAGCGAGACCAUGAGAGACUGCAACGAGGAGGCAAGGACACGGAAGGUAUUUAUUACACCACCAUUACCGGAAUGAAGAUGGAUGGUUCCGGAGCGCGUGCCCAGCCGGCGGUGCUGGAGGCGACGGCGGCAUCGGCAACCCAGCAGGACGUUUCGACAGCCGAGGUCCCGCGAGAAGAGCCGCAGGAACGACAUGGAGGAGGUCAGCGUGAGGGCCAGGGCAGCGACAAGGAUGCUGAGCGUGCCGCGCGUAAGGCGCAUAAGAAGGCCGUGAAGGAGGCAAACCGGGAGAAGCGGAAGAGCAAGAUUCCCAAGCACGUCAAGAAGGCCAAGACUAAGGGCAGCAAGAAGAAGUAGUCGGCGGGGAAGCCCCGGGCCAGUGGGGGACCCUUGACGACCUGUUUGGGGAAUAUGUUAGACCGUGGGUGAUGCCGCUAUGCAAAACUGCUAUCGUUACGACAGGAUGGUUGGUGCCAACAGGUAUUGAGGACGACAGUUGUGUUUGUUUUGCAGGGUGUGAUGUUUCUCAUCGAACAACAUCGAUCUGCGUUUGUAUGUGGUAUGUGUCGCCUUGAAAGGGAAAAUUGUGCAUUAUUCUUUUUCAUAGCACUGAUACCGUGUGUAUGUAUGUAUGUAGUGGACUGUGGGUCCGUAGGGGGCACUGGUAGUGGAGCGGGGAAGGCUUCCGGGGCGGGUCCCUUGGCAGACCUUCCCGGCGCCCCUCCGUACCGCCAGCACUCCGGAAUGGCUUCCGUCAUUUCCCCUAUUGACAGAAGGGCACGAACUACAAGCCACCCUCCAAGCACUGUUUCUGAGAGGGGAUUGGAAGGCCAAACACCGAGCUCAAGGGGCUGUUAAGCGGCAGGGUGAGCAGAGAUGGGUAGGAUAGAGGAUUAUUUCUAUGCUACCGCAUCACUCUCGGGUACUGCAGGUAUCUUUUGCUGUCGUUUGUUGUGCGACAUGCGGCACCAAGGCGGAUGCAGAAUGGGUGGCAUUGCAGCAUAUUGUUACUGUUAUGCGUAGGGUUGUGCCGGCAUUAGAACAUUAGAACUAAUAUUAGAAUAAAUAUAAUUAGAAACUAAUUAGAAUUUUAGAAGACCCCGUUUAGAACGUAUUAGAACAUCCUAAUGUCGUACGGACAUUAGAACGGCCGGAAAGCCGUAGCUUUAAGGCGCAUCAGCGGUUC